UUCUUUUCAUUCAUUUGCCACUUGAACCUGCUGGAGAGCCACCUAUGGGACAAAUAUCACAUUGAAAGGGCAUCUCAUUCACCAGCACCAGAUUGCCCCUUAUUUUCCAGUGAGGGUCUGUCUUGUAUGGUUUUUGCCCCAGCCCAUCAAGAGCAGGUUUUUGAGUCAGAAGAAGGUCCCACCAGCUAGAGGAUGCAGCUAGGAGAGCAGAUCCUAACUAGCUCUGCUCCCAAUUUGCCCCACACGUUUUACCCCCUGCCUGGUGACCCAGGUAGCGCUGCCCAGAGCCCCAGUUUGGAGUUCAACGUGGGACAGCACAAAGGACAACCUCAGCAGCACAAGAAGUACUCCAGGGGACUCCCCUUAGACAGCCCCAGAGACACUGGCUCCAGCAGCACAGCUGCCCCCUCCAUGCUCGGCGAGGUAGGCGAGGGCUUCUCAGCGUCUAAGACUCUACAGGACAACGGGCGCAAAGGCACCCCAACUGGGGAGGAGGACAUGAACUCUGCGGCCGCAUCUUCCGCAACUCGCUACCUGGACAGCAGCCUGCAAGCGGCCUCUGAGCGCUAUUACCUGCAGUCUCAAGGCCAGCAGCCCCAGCAGACAGGGGCAGAGCUGGGCUCCCCCUGCUCCAUCUUCCCCUAUGCCCCAACGCAGCACAGCGCCGUGUAUCCAGCAGGUGGGGCAGCCAGAUACCCCCCAUAUGGAAGCAUGCUGCCUCCUGCCGGCUUCUCCCCACCCGUGUGCCCGUCCCGGCCUCAGUACAGCACAGGGUAUCAGUAUGGACAGGCACCAGGGACCAUGUACAGCCCCUACCCGGCUGCGGGAUCAGGCAGCGGGCUCAAUGCGCUGGGACUGCCGACCAGCGGGCCAGGAGUGCGGGCUCAAGUCUUCCUCUGCAACCGGCCUCUGUGGCUUAAAUUUCACCGGCACCAGACUGAGAUGAUCAUCACCAAACAGGGCAGGAGAAUGUUCCCCUUUCUGAGUUUCAAUAUAACAGGGUUAAACCCCACCGCCCAUUACAAUGUGUUCGUAGAGGUGGUCCUAGCUGACCCCAAUCACUGGCGCUUCCAGGGGGGCAAGUGGGUCACCUGUGGCAAAGCAGACAACAAUAUGCAAGGAAAUAAGGUGUAUGUGCACCCAGAGUCCCCUAAUACUGGAGCACACUGGAUGAGGCAGGAGAUCUCCUUUGGGAAACUAAAACUUACUAACAACAAAGGAGCCAAUAAUAACAAUACUCAGAUGAUUGUCCUGCAGUCUUUGCACAAAUAUCAGCCCCGUCUUCACAUUGUAGAAGUGAGUGAGGAUGGAGUAGAAGACUUGAAUGAUUCUGCCAAGACACAGACAUUUACCUUCCCAGAAACCCAGUUUAUUGCAGUAACUGCCUACCAGAAUACCGAUAUCACUCAGCUCAAGAUUGACCACAAUCCCUUUGCAAAAGGAUUCAGAGAUAAUUAUGAUUCCAUGUACACGGCAUCAGAGAAUGACAGGUUAACUCCAUCUCCUGCGGAUUCUCCUAGAUCCCAUCAGAUUGUUCCUGGGACUCGCUACAGUGUCCAGCCUUUCUUCCAAGAACAGUUUGUCAACAAUUUACCACCUGCUGCCAGGUACUACAGUGGGGAGAGGACUGUACCCCAGACUAACGGGCUUCUGUCACCACAGUCCAGUGAAGAAGUAGCAAACACCCCCCCACAGAGGUGGUUUGUAACCCCUGUCCAGCAAUCUAAUGCCAACAAAUUGGACAUGGGACCCUAUGAAACAGAUUACUCAUCUAGCUCUCUUCUCACUUACGGGAUAAAAUCCCUUCCAAUCCAAACCUCUCACCCCAUGGCUUAUUACCCAGAUGCAGCAUUUGCCUCCAUGACUGGGUGGGGUAGCAGAGGUUCCCCAUACCAGAGAAAAGUGACCACCAGUUUACCUUGGUCUUCAAGGUCAAGCCCUCCAGGCUUCACUGAAGAUCUGCUAGCCAAGGAUAAAGUAAAGGAAGAGAUGAGCUCUUCUUGGGUAGAAACCCCACCUUCUAUUAAAUCUCUAGACUCCAACGAUUCAGGAGUUUACACAGGAGCAUGUAAGAGAAGAAGACUUUCCCCAAGCACCUCAAGUAAUGAAAAUUCACCCCCUAUAAAAUGUGAAGAUAUUGCACCAGAAGACUAUAAGGAUGCAUCUAAGGGACUGGGCUAUUAUGCCUUUUAUUCUAGUUCUUAAAGAACAUAUGUAAAUAAUUAGUCUUAUUCCACAAUUACCAUGGGUGAACAAUUGCAUUAAAUGCCAAAAAUUUUGGCCAUGAACUUUCAAAAAGAGAAAAAAACUAUGUGCAAUUCUCUGGAUCUGGCCACAAGUCUGACUAUUUCAAGCCCAAACUUGUCAUAACAAGUUUUGAACCUGAAAAUAUUACUUUUAUGAAAAAUGGUGGAUGAGAUCUGCUACAGUGUUAUCUCUUUUUAUGUUUUGUUUUAUUAUUUUAAUUGCUAUUAUAUUAUGUGAAUUUAUUUAUGACAAGUGACUAAUGUACAGUUUGUGUAAAUAUACUGUUGGAUAUUGUGGAGUAUAAUAUAUUGUAUGCAUACAAGUGUAUUUGUAUUUUAAUGAUUUCUCAGACAUUAAAUGCACUGUUCUGUUGUACAAUGUAUUAGGUAGCACCCGAAAAUGUAUAUCUAGAAAUUUAACAUACAUUGUCAGAAUGUAUUUUUCACAGUGUCUUGGGAAAUUUACUUUUAAAAGUUGUCUUUAAAGGCAAAUGUUGUAAAAAUGUAAAGUCAAGUAUUGAUUGACCUGGUGCUUUUUCGUUUUCCUUUUUUGUACACUUAUUGUUUAAUAAAUGUGUCAAUUAUUGCCAAAAAAUAGACUUUUGCUUCAAAUUCAAUGUUACCUACCUGGGUCAUUAUCAAAAUGGUAAAUGCAAUAAUUUUGAAGAAUAAAAUAUAUAUCUCUUUA